GCGGCGCGGAGCAGACGGCCAUGGCCGCCGCCGCGCAGUACCUGCCGCGCAGCGCCGCGCUGCUGCACCCCGACGGGGACCGGCUGCACCAGGGCACCACGUACCGCGAGGUGCAGAAGAUGAUGCACCACGAGUACCUGCAGGGGCUGGCCCCCGCCGCCGGGCACGCCGUCGGGCUGGCGCACCACCAGUGGCUCCCCAGCGCCGGCACGGACUGGGGCAGCGGCGGCGGCGGCGGCGGCGGCGCGCACCUCCCGCCCGCCGAGCACGCCAAGGGCGGCCCGCCGGGGCCCCGCGAGGAGCUGCCGGCCGCCGCCUUCCAUCACCGCCCGCACCUGGUGCCGCAGCCGCCGGCGGCGGGCGGCGCGGCGGGCGGCUGGGCGCAGGGCGGCGCGCAUCACUUGCCGCCCAUGUCGCCGCCGUCGGGGCAGCCGCUGCUCUACGCGCAGCCCUACGCGGGGCUCAACGGGAUGCUGGGCCCGCCGGCGCCCGCGCUGCACCACGGGCUGCGCGACCCGCUGGGCGCCGAGGAGGCGGGCGCCCACGAGCUGGCGGCCUCGCCGCCGCCGCUGGGGCCGCCCGAGCCGUCGGACGAGGACGCGCCCAGCUCCGACGACCUGGAGCAGUUCGCCAAGCAGUUCAAGCAGCGGCGGAUCAAGCUGGGCUUCACGCAGGCCGACGUGGGGCUGGCGCUGGGCACCCUCUACGGGAACGUCUUCUCGCAGACGACCAUCUGCCGGUUCGAGGCGCUGCAGCUGAGCUUCAAGAACAUGUGCAAGCUGAAGCCGCUGCUCAACAAGUGGCUGGAGGAGACGGACUCCAGCACGGGCAGCCCCACCAACCUGGAUAAGAUCGCGGCGCAGGGCCGGAAGCGCAAGAAGCGCACCUCCAUCGAGGUGGGCGUCAAGGGCGCCCUGGAGAACCACUUCCUCAAGUGCCCCAAGCCCUCGGCACACGAGAUCACCUCCCUGGCGGACUCCCUGCAGCUGGAGAAGGAGGUGGUGCGGGUCUGGUUCUGCAACCGACGGCAGAAGGAGAAGCGCAUGACGCCGGCCGGGGUCCCGCACCCGCCCAUGGAGGACGUUUACGCACAGGCGGACACGUCGCCGCUGCACCACGCGCUGCCCGGCGCCGUGCAGUGACUGCCCGGCCCCGCCGCCGCGGCCCCGACGGCGGCGAAGCGGGCGCGGGCGGCGGGAGACGCGCUUUAAUUUAUUCCUCAGACUGGCCCGGCCGCGCCCGCUCCGCGCCCGCGCUGUAUUUAUUCGCCCGCCACGGGCGCCCUGCGCGCCGGAGCCGCUCGCGGCCGCAGCAGCAGUAGCCAAAGGUUUGCGAUCUCUAAUUUAUUCCCUUCCUCGCGUGGCCGCCGGGGCGGCGGAGCCCCCGGCCCGGCCCGGCCCGGGCUCGCCCGGAGGACGCUUCGAAAUCAUUUCCCGGCCCGUUUCUAUUUAUUUUCUAACCGUGCGCGGAGCUCUCUCCCUCCCGUCAGUGGGUUCGGUCCGGUCCAUCCCCUUGGGUUUCGGUUUUUGUUUGUAUCUUUAUUGCAAAACCAAUGUAGACUGCGAGGGUACGUUUCUAUUUAUGUUAUAGUAAAUAUUUUAUUACUUACAUAAACCAUUUACCCAGGAACCGGUCUCGUGUCAUCUUUGCGGCCGCGGCGCCCAGGCGGGAGCGGGCCGGGCCGGAGGAGCCCGGUGACGGGGCCGCGCCCGGGGCCCCGCCGAGCGCUCCCGGCGGCCCCCGGCGGCGGGCGGGACCCGCGUGCGCCGCUCCCGGGGCGCCGAGGGCCGCGGACGCCCCGUCGUUCCCCGGUAGCUGUGCGCUUGGCACGAGUGGGGCUCGGCGGCGUGGGCCCUUCCCGUUACCUGCACUUCGGUGGAACUUCUUCGUUGCCCUUGUGCCCUUGCAUUCUGCCUGCACACCUAUCAGUGGCCAAACCCCGAGCGUCAGAACCGGUGGAGUGUUGCAGCUUUGUUUGUGGUGCUAUGAUAUUUUACUGAUGUUAAUGUAACUUUUCGCAGUCUGCAGUGUGAGCGUAAACAUUCUAAACAACUUUCUUCCCGCUUAUCGUGGAAGUAAUAAGUGUGCACCAGUGUAGCUAAGAAGAUUCCUUCUUUCCACUCAAACCACACUUCUGGGUUUUCUGAUGUCACCAGUUUUCCCUUUCAUGGUUUCAUGCCCUAAUAUUUUGUGGUUAUGCCAAGAAAGGCUGAAAACUUAGUUACUGCAUUCUCUAGAAGAAUCAGCUUGCAUCUCUACUUUAAACCUCUUCUCUUUCAGCAAAUGUCAAGAAGAGGCACAUGUGAGCAUUGUGUUUGCCUUUCCAGGUCCUUUGAUUCCUGCAGUAUUUUGUGUGUUGGGAGAACUUUUGAAACAUGUGCCUAUACAGAGUUCUCGCACUGAUGAAAUAGUCAAAAUCUGGUAGAUAAAGCACCAAGUUCUGUCUUUCUGUUAGGCAGAGAACCUACCAAUGUUCUUGAACGUCUGGCACUAGUUUCCCUACUCGAUUCUUGGUACAAAUGAUAUGCUGUGAAAACAGCAGGCUUAAAAGGGAUUUUCUAGUGGUAGCACUGCAUCCUGUAUAGGAAUUCAUAAUAGUUAUUUUUAUAUAUAUACAUAGAAAUUUUUAACAUAUCAAAUGUAACUUACACUUGAAAAUUUAUACAUGAAAAUUCCUGACUUCGCUGUGGUUUGAUUUUGUUGUAUUUUGUGCCUUUGGGGGAGGUGUGUAUAAUACUUGUCUAAGCAACAACGCAUUUGCAGUAGAUAAUGUUAUAAAUUAUCACAUUCUCA